AUGUCGUCAUCAACGACUUCCACACCCGACAAGAAGCUAACCUAUCUGGAAUCCUUAGGCUACGGCUCUAAAGGCGAAAGGCUCGUGGCGGGUGUCGUCCCGCUUUCUCAUGACAAAACGCGGGUGCUCAUGAUUCAGUCCGUAGGAAGUGGUGGUUGGGUCCUCCCCAAAGGAGGAUGGGAGACAGAUGAGGCACUUGCGCAACAAGCCGCUUGCAGAGAGGCUUGGGAAGAGGCCGGUGUCAUUUGCACGGUCCACAAGGAUCUGGGGUUGAUCCCAGAUAUGCGCCCGUCCUCCGUUCUGACGUCGAGUGCCCCCAAGGCCUCGUACCAGUUUUUUGAGGUGACGGUCGAUCGUGAAGAAGACCAGUGGCCAGAGAUGCACAAGCGGAAACGGCAAUGGGUUACCUAUGCACAAGCCGCCGCCGCUCUUGCAAGCCGUCCUGAACUCUUAGAGGCUUUAAAUCGCAGUUCUCUGAAAAGAUAG